AUGCGUUUAAAGCUCCGCGAUGGCCGGCCCUACCCUUCGGUGGUGGUCUGUUCACUCAUCACCAUCUUUUCUUAUGGUCAAGCAGCAGCAGCAGCAGCAGCAGCAGCAGCAGCAGCAGCAGCAGCAGGACUACCCGGAGACGAGGGAUCGAGCACGUCGCCAAACAUGAAGUUCUCCACGUCCUUCAACACGCUCUUCGCGGCCUCGCAGGUUGCCAUCGCGCCGGCCGCCGCCGCGUACAACCCAGUCGAGCUCAAGGGCUACGGCAAGUUCACCGGCACCGUCAUCAACUCGACAUACAGCGGCCGCGCCCUGCCCGCGCCUGUCGACGCCUGGCUCGGCAUCGACUACUCGACGCAGCCGGUCGGCGAUGGCCGCUUCAACCCCGUCACCUGGCCGGCGCCUUUCAACGGCACGAAGCCGGCGACAAGGUACGGCAAGACCUGCGUCCAAGACCCGACCUCGACCGAUGUGAGCACCCAAGACGAGGCCUGCCUCAACUUCAACGUCUACCGCACGCGCGGCAUCCCGCUCGACCAGAAGACGCCCGUCCUGGUCUGGAUCCACGGCGGCGCGUUCUACGCGGGCAGCUACAAGAGCUUCGACGGCGCCGCCUUCGCUGCCUCGUCUAAGGAGCCCAUCACCGUCAUCAACUUCCACUACCGCCUCAACUCGCUGGGCUUCCUGCCGUCGGCCCUCUUCGACGAGGAAGGCCUGCUGAACCUCGGCAUGCGCGACCAGCACUUCUUCCUCCAGUUCGUGCAGAAGCAUAUCGCCGCAUUCGGCGGCGACCCGGACGCCGUCACCAUCGGCGGGCGCUCCGCCGGCGGCCACUCUGUCGGCAUCCUCUACUUUCACAACUACAACGAGGACGAGGGCAAGCCCCUCUUCGCCAGGGCCAUCCACCAGUCCGGCUCCGUCACUGCCCGCGCCUUUCCCAACGCGACAUACCCCCUCUACGUGCAGCAGUACGAGCAGUACAUUAACUACCUCUCCUGCCCGCUCAACGCCGACAACGCCGCGACCCUGGCCUGUCUCCGCGCCGCGGACGUCGACGCGAUCCGCAACAUCAGCACGAAGCUCUACAACGACUACGACCCGGCGCUGACCUGGCCCUUCCAACCUACACAGGGCGGGCCCUUGCUGGAGAAGUUCGGCUCGCAGUCGGGCUACGACGGCACCUUUUUCAAGGUGCCCGUCAUCACCUCCAACGUCAACGACGAGGCCAAGUACUACAUGGCCGGCGACAAGGAGACGAACCAGGAGUUCCUCGACUACCUCCACAACAUCUCCCCGGCCCUCAACAGCACCGACCUCCGGCUCCUCGAGGACCUCUACCCGGACCCGGUCACGCACCCGGAUUCCCCCUUUGCCCACUCCCCCAACAGCACGCAGUACAACCGCCUCUCGGCGGCGUGGAGCGACUACGCGUACAUUUGCGCGGGCCAGGAGACGGCCUACCGCGCCUCCAUCGCGGGCGUGCCGACGUGGAAGCUGCACUUCAACACCAACAACUCAUGGCCCGCGUGGCGAGGCAUUCCGCACACCGCGGACACAAAGUACACCUGGGACGAGCCGGUCGUGCAGUACCCCGAGGUCAGCCACAUUUACCACGGGUACCUGUCCAGCUUUGUCUUGUCCGGCGACCCCAACACGUACAGGUAUCCCGGCAGCCCCGAGUGGCCUCAGUAUAAGCCUACGGGGUACGGACUCGCGUCGGAGCCGCCGCUGCAGCUCAUUGUUCAGCCUAAUAACGGGACAAGGGUGGAGAAGGAUGAUAUUCGGAGGGAGGCGUGCCUGUACUGGAGAGAUCCGGAGAGAGCUCCUCGCCUGAAUAAGUAG